GUUAACGGGAGGAAACGUAACUAGUACAGCAAGUCUCGUCUAGAAUGUCAACACUUUUUUCAGGUUUAGAGUCAAACUGCUGUCAGAUCGAAGUGAACCCCGAGCGAGGGAGUGCAUCAGUGGGAAACUCAUCAACGAGGGGUUUCCGGGACACAACAGGGAAGAAGAGUAUCACCAGAUCGUCGUCUGCGUGCAUCCAAACCACUAAGAAUCUGUGCAUCGGACAGGGGACACUUCUGAAAAGCAAAGGCGAGUGGGUCAGCACACCAGAGAACGGUGACGAGUGUCGUGGUCAGCUUUCCUUCACGUCAUCCUUCUCGCUGAGGUUCCCGUCUACAAAGAGAAACGAUUACAGAACAAACAUCCGCAGUGCUACGAAGCUAAAAAACAAUGAUCUGCGCACGGAGUCUGAUGCAGGCACAAAGGUAGCAGAUGUACAACGUCCAGAGGAUUUCCUAGUCAACACAUUAAGAGAGUCAACUGGAAAAGCGACUAAAGAUGAAGAUGCGUCUGAAUCAAAAACUGAAGUUACAGUCUAUUCAAGGGAAAGCCUCGGCCAGCACGACGUAUCCGGUCAUAGAUCCUCGGAUGGAAUACAGCCUGGUUUAGCCCUCUGUGACCAGCCUGAAAAGAACUGUACACAGGGGCAAUCUGCAAGCGGUGAGAGUGUGACAGAGCUACGAGUCACAGAGAAAGAAAGUUUAGAGAGACAACCAGGAGUUAAUGACCAUCUAGGAAAGAAUGCGGAAGGAAAGCUUUCUCACAGUAAUCUAAUCCCUUUUACAGGAGAUACCGGAUCAAAGGUGGACUCGGACUGCCAGGACUGUACAUGUUCUCCUAUAAACCAGGCUUUAUUGCUGCCCUCAUUCCCUGAUUCUCAUUGUGGUAAUAAUCUGAAAUCAGAUCUUAUCAGUUCCACAGCAGCCAUGUUUUCUUCUACUUUAGUCUCCGUCCUUGCUCCUCAUUGGAGCGGGCGCUUUAGGAGACACAAACGAGUCUUUAGCGAUGUUGGACCAGAUAUUGCUUUGAGUCAGAAUGAACAGCAACAACGAUGUCCCCUCCAGCAGUUACAGGCACAGGGAGAACCGCUCAAAGACUUCAGUAAUAGGUACAGGGGAUCGGCACCAACCACCAAGAGCUCUGUCGAAUGGCAGAAUGAAAGCUUCUCACGUCUCUCAGAAUCGAAUAAACAGUUUUUGAAAACCAGAUCUUUGAGAAUGAACAGACACGCAGCAAACCAAUCAACAGAAUUUGGCAACCCUAUGCAUGCAUCAAUGGACUCCGGUGACUUGUCUAGUUCCGCAAUGUCUCUUCAGCUCAGUGACUACAGAAGGACAACAAAGUCAGCAGUUCAAGGAGAGCACUUCCCCUCUUCACUGAGGUCUAGACCAACAACCAGCACUUUGCUUUUGUCUUCGAGGCGAUCAAGCUCAAGAAAACCCAGUUCUGAUUCCUUUCAUAUGGAGAAGCAGUCAUCUGCCUCCGUCAGCCCUCUACAUUUACCUAGCAAAAGCAUACUGAGGACGUCCCAAGCACAACCCAAUGCGGGUUCCCCAAACGAUAUCGCCAAAGAGAAACUUGUGACAAAAACCUUUCUUGCAUCACAAGACACACACAAGCCCAAACCAUCCUUCCCCAAAUGGGGAGAGACAGACUCAUCAAGGAACCAGCGUUAUGUAAUCACAGGGGAUUUUGACAGAAAUCCUCCUGCUACAAAUAAUACAACUAGAGAAAGGCUGUUUUCAAACUAUUCAACAAGAUUCAAUCAAGCCGAGACUCUCGGAUCUGCUCAGGACCAUGGACCAGUUGACUGGAGCAGGUAUGAAGAUAAAAAUUUGCAGAAUUCAAACAUCCCAGAAAGAUCGGACUGUUUUUCUCCAAAGGAAAAGAUUUGUAGAUUUGUUUUCCCACAGAAUUCUGAUAGAAUGCUCGAGAGACAGAUGGGCGAAACUUCAGUGACGAGCACAAGUAUAAACAAUAUGAUAAACUCGAGCACUAUAGAUAAAACCAGCACUAUAAAUGGCACAACUAGCCCUAGAACAACCCGUUCGAUUAUCACCAGUCCCUUUGCCAGUUUAUCUCCUUCGUCCCAAGCUCAUACUGACCAAAACAAUAUUCAGAACUCGAGCAUUUCUGGUAAGCCUGCAUCAAGCCCAGUGAACACCAUACGGACGAGAACGUUUACAGAUACUCUUAGCUUGUCACCUCGGAAAGAUUCUUCUGUGGAAGGAACGAGUCCGUCUCAAUUAUGGUCAACCAGUCUGAACUCUAAGGGAUGGUCAGAAGUGUCGAAGCUAAGCCCUUUAUCCCCAUCUGAGUUUAAGCUCAGAAGCAUUUGUACUCCAAGCAUAUACAGAUACCUAAGAGAAACAAGUCCACCUAAGAACACCGAGGCAUCUCUGGCAUUGAGCUCUCCAACAACUCAAACCUCAUCUCUAAAGCAAAUACAGGAAGAAGAUAAAAAUUCAAGGAAACUACGGUUCAAUUUUGACGUAAACUCACCUGAAUCACGUGAUCCAGGUUUGAAGCCUGACCCCAGUUCCAUCGUUGCACCACAAUCUCUGCCUCCUGACACUGGCAGAAGAUCUUGUAUCAGUAAAUCCCCUUACGCCACCCUCAUCUCAUCAAGAGCAGCGGCAGUCAAUGGUCUUCCAUCUCCACCUGUGAUGCACCAGCACAGUGGAUCUUUUUCUUACAGUAGUUCACCAGUAGAUGAUACAUCUCCCAAGGUUGAGAAAAGAUGUUAUACAUCUGUCCUCAGGGACCGAUUGAGUCAAAGGACCUCACCAGUGAGAGAGCCAAUGGGGUCUAGUGAUAUCCAGCUUACAGAAAAUACACAUUCCUCCUGUCAAGAUGGCAUCGCAGAGAGCUCAAUGAAUGCAAAAACUAACUUCUCAAUCCCAGACACUACACACCCAAAACAGACUGACUCGGAUAGAUGGAAUUCCCAACAGCUUUCCAUGCCGCUCGAUUCAUCCCCUGUUAAUGAGGUCGUACAAAAAGGAGAAGUAACAGAAAUCUUGCAAACAAGUGGGACAGUCCAGGCAAGCCAGAGUCCUAAAUCAAAGAGGAGCUUCUUCUCAUCAAGAAAUAAAAAAGACAAUGUUCUGGCAUCGUCUCUUUCUGCAGAGAAAGAGGGAUUGGCCGAAAAGAAGGCUGAGACGAAAGGACUCAAAUCCAACAAUAAAGUGGACCAGGUGUUGAACCGUUUGAGAAUAACGUUUGGUGGCAGGGUUUCAGAAGACCGUGACACGACAAGUAGGAGAAAGACUAAAAAGGAGGAGUCUUCAAAUGUUAAGGCUUAUGAAAGCAUUAUUAAGGAAAAAGAAAGCGAUGAUCUGACGUUUAAACGACAGACAAAAUCUGAAGAGCUUUUAGAAAACAAGGUUUCUGAAAGAUCUAGGAACUUAAACCGAAUGGAUGAUCUGACAGUAAGGACACAGACUAAACCUGAAGAGUGUCCAGAAAGAGGUCAGAAGCUGGUCCAAACGGAUGGUCUGACAGUUAGAAGAAAGACCAAAAAUAAGACGCUGUUAGACGACAUGCCUUAUGAAUCCAAGAGAAAUGUAGAGCAGAGGCUUGCUGAGAGACAAACGUUGACACCUCCCAACUCCCCAAAUGGACAAAUAAAAUCUUGCAACUUUUCUGGCCAUAACUUAGGUUUCAUAUGUGAAAAACAAGACAACUUGCCAAAUAUGGACGAGCACGAAAGUCUAAUGGAGGAAAGCAGAAGUCGAUUCCUGGGUCGACCCCUGAGUCCUAACUGGCCUACGCCUGAAAAUAUCAGCUGGUAUGCCACACUGCCUUCAGGCAAAAGAUCCAGACUCGGCCAGUCUCGGAAACUUUCCCCGUUUGAAUAUUCUUUAGAAGGAGAACAGAAUGAUAACGUGUUUUUCAGCAGUGUCCUGAGAGAAGACAGAAAUAGUACAUCUCCUGCUGAGACUGAGAAUGUUGUUCAACCAGACAAUAUUGUAAAAACUGGGGAGCAGACUUCAACGGGGGUGGUUUUGUCUUCUCCCUGUGCUGAUCUCAAGUACGGCCUGCAGCGCGGACGAUCUGUUUCGGUUAGCAGUGUUGUUUCGGGGCGUCCGUCAGGUCCUGGACGAAUCUCGACAGGAUCGAGACAAAGCAGCGUCAGCGACUUGAGCAGCUUGGAUAGUUAUGUGACCAAAAGCUGGCAUUCAAGUGUCAACAGUCCAGCUGGUUCACCUGAGAAUGAUGCCAUCGCUUCUGUUGGCCAUACUUCUUAUAAGGGAGCACCAGGAUGGCCACCAUCAGAGGGCCGUCUCAGGAGCCCGGAUAACCUGGACGUCAUCUCGUUCUCGUGGGAUAUGGAAACAGAUCCAACACCACCCCAUUCCCCACCACAUACACGACGUAUAUCCAGCUCCUCUUCAGCUAGCAACAGGAACUCACCAGAUAACUUGUCUCCUCGUGGAUUUUUGCCUUCCAGGAACUACAAGUCCACGUUGUCUGCCUUUGAGGAGUCAGACUCAGAGACCACUACCGAUGAUGAAUACUAUCUCAACAGCGACGACGACGAUGAGAAAGAAACAGAAGUUUAGCGGAUAAUGUUGUGUGUUCUGAAUGAAGUCGUGAAUGCAGUUUGUGUGGUUUUUGAAUGCGAACUUUUUUGUAUCUGUGCACUUUGAUCAGUUUUCCUCAGGAACAAAACACAAUAACGGUGUGAUAAUAUGUCCUUCCACAGACGCUUCCAAAUCUCCAUUUUGAUCGAACUAGUGAAUGUAAUAUGAUGGAAAUCAAAACAAAAUCAACCAGCUGAAGCACUUACACAUGCUCCUGUUUAAGCUUGCCCUGCCUUGGCUAAUUGCUUCGAUCCAAGCGCUAUGUUUCAACUUUUUUUUUCAGUUUGAGAUUAUUAUUGAUAAUCAAUAAUGACAGUUCAUGCAUUUGUAGGAUCACAGAUGAUAUUCAGGUUGUGUGUUUUGUAACAUUUGUAUAUGAAGCUUUUUUUUUUUUUUUACUGAAUGUUGGACACAACCUGCCCUUUGUAUUGCGUCAUUCUGUGUCAAGAAGCGGCGGUUUAAACGAUAAAUCAUUUUAGUAACAGCAGAAAAGUCGAAAGCUAUUUUUUUGGAACCACAGAACAAAUAUUAUUUCGAGCUUGCUCAACUAGGAUAAAUUAAAUCCAACAAAAAAUUGGAACACUAUACUUGACAUUUAUAGAGCAGUAUUUUUUUUUGUUGCUAACCAAGCAAGACAUGAAGUGCUAAAAGUUCUUUUAUAAGAUUGGUUUUUAAUUUCAACACAAAUGAUUUAAUAACAAAUAUUAAAAUAUCGAUUUGAAGUUCUAAAGUUGGAGCUGACGAUAAGCACGAUACGUAGAACAAAAAUAGAUUUUCACGUCAUUCGACGCGAUAACGUACGUAUCGGUCACGUCUGCUGAAAAGUUUUUAUUUUUUUAUGCUGGAAUAACAGAGAAGUUGGUAACAAAUCAUAGAAAAUUUUGCAGAAUUUGUUCAUUUAAUGCAAACAUUGUGGGUCAAGUGCCAAAGUAGAAAUGUUCAUAUUAACACAACACGCUGCCUGCAGAAGGAAAACAUAAAUACAGCAUUUCAACAAAUCA